AUGGAUGAUUUUUCUAUUUCUUCUUCUUCUUCACCAAAUUCAUCUGCUCAUACCAUUCAGCAAAGGCUUCAAUUCAUCCUCCAUAAUCUCCCUCAAUGGUUUGCUUAUUCGAUUUUUUGGUUGGCUUCUAAAGAUUCCGCUGGCAAUCUUAUUUUCUCUUGGAGUGAUGGCCAUUUUCGUGGCACUAGGAACGGUGGCGGUAGCCAACUGAUCAGUUUCGGGUUCGAUGACGUUGCGGUGGAUCGAGUGGAAGCUGGGGAUUUCUCCGACUUGGAAGGGUACUAUACGAUAUCUAUUUCCCAGAUGUAUGGUGGGGUGGAUAAUGUGGUCGGUCGAGUAUUCGACUCGAGCGCGUACAUUUGGUUGACGAUAGACGAGAGUCUACAUUUGUAUGAAUGUGAUCGAGUUAAAGAAGCGCGUUUACGAGGGAUUCAGACGUUGGUUUUCGUUUCGACGUCCGAUGGGGUUCUUGAAUUGGGUUCUUCUGAGUUGAUUAAAGAAGAUUGGAGCUUAGCUCAGUUUGCAAAAUCACUUUUUGGAACUUUUUCUGUAAGUUCUACACAAUUUAAACAAAAAGAUCAUGUGGGUGUUGGUGGUGGAGGAAUGAUUCAACUACAAGCCCCGCCGUGCUCGGGUAUAGUCAAGAGAGAGAUGAACGGUGGUCGUGGCGGAGGAGGGUCGUCCUCCGAUUCCCUCUCUGAUAACUCCGAUGGGAAUUUCUUAUCAAUGGUAGACAACAAUAACGUUGGUAACAAGAAGGGGAAGAGACAGGCGAAGAAUAAAGCAGAGUCCACAAUGCCAGUAAACCAUGUGGAAGCGGAAAGGCAGCGGCGACAGAAACUAAACAACAGAUUUUACGCGCUCCGAUCAGUGGUACCGAACGUAUCAAAAAUGGACAAAGCGUCGUUACUCGCCGACGCCGUAGUAUAUAUCAACGAGCUCAAGGCCAAGGUUCAAAAAAUGGAGUCCAAGCUAAAACAAUCACAACACCAAGCUAGUAGUAGCUUGAGCAAUGCAUUUGAUCAGAAACGGAGCGGGAUCUCAACGAUCGAGCAGACGGUGAGCUCAACGAGCUAUGCGAUGAACAACGGCUACAACAAUAAUACCGUCGAGGUGCAGCUUGUGGGGGCGGAAGCUAUAGUGAGAGUUCAUUGCAAAGAUGAAAAUUACCCAUCAGCAAGGCUUAUGAAUGUCUUUAAAGAUUUGGGACUUCAAGUUCGUCAAGCAAGCUUGUCAAGUGUAAAUGAUCUAAUGCUGCAAGAUGUUGUUAUUAGAGUUCCUCAAGGGUUAGCCUUGAGAGAAAAGACCUUAAGAACUGCCAUACUUCAAAGACUUGAAUAA